UUAAUCUUAGAAUUAUUAAUUUUGAUUUUGUGCGGCAUAGAUAGAGAGGGGGAGAGCUUUCAGAGAGGGAGCGACCAAUGGAUGGCGACGUCGAGAUGGCGGCAGCAGACGACGGAUCUGCCGUUGAGCUAGAUGAUAUGAAGAAGAGGCUUAAGGAGAUGGAGGACGAAGCGGCCGCUCUCCGGGAAAUGCAAUCUAAAGUUGAGCAUGAAAUGGGCGCCGUUCAAGAUCCUGCUGCUGCUGCAGCUAAUCAGGCAAAUAAGGAAGAAGUAGAUUCUCGUUCAGUCUUUGUUGGCAAUGUGGAUUAUUCAUGUACACCAGAGGAAGUGCAGCAGCAUUUCCAGUCAUGUGGGACUGUUAAUAGAGUAACUAUUCGGACUAACAAGUAUGGGCAACCAAAGGGUUAUGCGUACGUGGAGUUUCUUGAGGCAGAAGCUGUUGAACAGGCUACUCUUCUGAACGAAUCUGAGCUUCAUGGUCGCCAAUUGAAGGUGUCGGCCAAGAGGACCAACAUUCCUGGCAUGAAGCAGUUUCGCCCACGGCGUGCCAACCCCCAAGCGGGUUAUCGCUCCAGGACACCAUACAUGCCUGCUCCAAUUUUUUAUUCACCAUAUGGAUAUGGGAAGGUUCCCAGGUUCAGGAUGCCUACGCGAUACAGCCCGUACUUCUAAGCCUCAAGACUUUGAUUGAUGUGCCUGCUCUAGGAGUAUGUAGUCGAUCCUUGAAUACCUCCGUCUUUCUGUCUGUAUGACUUGCGCAUAAACUAAUGGAUUGAAGAUUGUAGUGAUCAUUUCUGACCUUGUUUUUAUUUAUGUUUUUAGGAGCUGCUUGUUCGGCUAGUAAUUUGUCCUAUAUCCACAGCUGAAUGAUGGGAUGUAUGUGAAGUGAAAUUGUACGUGAGAUCUAAUAUUAAACAAUCAAAAUCAAGUUUGCUGAAAGUUGGAUAAUUUCAAUUAGAAAAGAGAUACACAUUUUCGCGUCACUCUCAUUUCAUGUAUUAGGUUAAUUGAAUGACACGGGCAUUAUUAUUAUGAAGAAAAAGGAUAAAUUUUCAUUGUACGGUCUAGUCCAAUGCUGUGCCAAAUGGACUCAAUAUUCUCUGUU